GGAGGGGCUGAGUCCUGCGGGAGCAGCUCCCGCCCCGCUGAGCCCCGGCAGCGCGGGCAGAGGCGGAGAGAGACGCAGGGGCUGCCCGGGUAGGACUCACCGCCUCCCGCGGGGAUGAAGAUGGUGCCAGGCGGAGCCGACGUGCGGGGAGCUCCGGCCGCUUUCAUCGACGACGUUCUGAGGGUCUUCGGGGCCAACCAGAGCCUGUCGGCCCCGCAAAUCUCCGCGCUGCUGCACCGCCUGGGAGCCGGCCCGGCCCUGGGAGCCGUGGUUCCGCUGACCCACCUGCACCAUAACCAGUGCUUGAGUGGUGAGGAAAUAUUUUCUUUGCAUGGGAUACCGAACACCAGUCACGUAUCAAAUUCAGGCUUCCCUACAAUAUGUCCUGCUGUUCUGCAACAGCUGAUUUUUCACCCCUGUGAUCAUCAGGAAGACUUUGUGGAUACAUCUAAACCCCAUCCCCUACAAGUUUGGGGAUUUGGGUUCCUGGCUGUGACUAUCAUUAACUUGGCUUCACUUUUGGGAUUGAUUUUAACUCCCCUGUUCAAGAAGUCAUAUUUCCCCAAGGUUCUAACCUAUUUCGUGGGCUUGGCCAUUGGUACUCUCUUCUCUAAUGCAAUUUUCCAGCUCAUCCCAGAGGCAUUUGGGUUUGACCCCAAAGUAGAUAACUAUGUUGAGAAAGCAGUUGCUGUGUUUGGUGGAUUCUAUAUUCUCUUCUUUGUGGAAAGGAUUCUUAAAGUGAUAUUGAAGAUCUAUAACCAGACUGGCCAUAAUGACUCUGGUGAGCAGAAUUAUUCUCAGGAUAAGAGUAACCCACCCAAACCACUACCAUCCAGCAAUGGGGGGACGUGUUAUGCCAACUCAGCUGUCAUAGAGAGCAAUGGAAACCUGGGUUUUGACAGCAUCAGUGUGGUCUCAGCACAGGAAGAAGCCACUCAGAGCCAUUUAUGCAGGUGCCUUAAGGGGCGUCCACUGUCAAAAAUUGGGACCAUUGCUUGGAUGGUAACACUGAGUGAUGCUGUUCAUAACUUCAUAGAUGGUUUGGCUAUUGGUGCUUCCUUCACUUUGUCUCUGUUUCAAGGGCUUAGUACCUCCAUAGCCAUCUUGUGUGAAGAGUUUCCUCAUGAGCUGGGUGAUUUUGUCAUCUUGCUGAAUGCAGGAAUGAGCACUCGGCAGGCUCUGGUUUUCAACUUUCUGUCUGCAUGUUCCUGUUACAUUGGCUUGGCUUUUGGGAUAUUAGUAGGCAACAACUUUGCUCCUAACAUCAUCUUUGCUGUAGCUGGUGGAAUGUUCCUGUACAUCUCCCUGGCAGAUAUGUUCCCAGAGAUGAAUGACAUGCUGAGAGAGAAAGUGACAGGCAGGAAGAUGGAUCUCACCUUCUUCCUUAUCCAGAAUGCUGGUUUGCUCACGGGCUUCACUGCUAUCCUGAUGAUCACCCUGUAUGCAGGGAACAUUGAACUGUGAGGCAGGAAUCAGUACUGAAGACAUCAAGUAAAUUACAAAGGGAAGACACUUGAAAUCCAUAAAGGGACAUUCAUUUAAUCUACUUGGGUUUGAGACAACGACAAGUCCCACCCUCUCCCCCUUGCUCCAAAUCCAGGAGAUUCUUGCUUUAGGGAUCCAAACAGCAGGAGCUGUCAAGUUCUGCUCUAUGCCAAAGAACAGAUUCUCAUAUUUUUUAUUUCCACUUAAAAUUAUAAGACAAAGCUGAACUGUUGUUGAGAAAAGAUCUUACUUGGCCAGUAAAAUGAUGCAGUCAGACAUGCAACUGCAUGCAGCUCCAGACCAAAUGAAAGCUGAGGUCUGCAAGGAAGAAGCUAAUUGAAAAGAAAAUAAUGGACUCUCAUCUCCUUUACAGACUGAUGUGAUGAAGGCAAGCAGUUCCAAAACUGGUUCAUUUUCAUGACUGCUGUGGCAGGGUUUGUCUGUAACACCCCCACUCCCCUUCUGCUCCCCCCCUCCAAAUAAAAUCAGGGUGUGUACUAAUGAAGCUAAGAUUUUGAAUUCCUAAUUAAUACUGGAAGGAAAGAUACCAGUUACUGCUUUUGAUCUUUUCUCUUUGUAAGUGCACUAGGGAAUUGUUGAUUUAUUUUGGGAACCACUUGCUUUUAAUUAGAGGGAACCUGUGUUAAGUUUAUGGCAAUUUAUCAACAAUAUAUUAGAAACACUGAGUAUUUUUAAAAUGUUCAAGUGUUUUUUAAUUUAUGAAAAUGAUCCUGAAGUUUAAAGUUCAACAAUACCCCUUUUAAGAAUCAGUAUUUUGAAUUAAAUUUGUUAAGUUGUUACUGUUAGUUCUGCAAAUGGAAUUUAGGGAAAAACCUGAUAAAAUCAGCAUUCAAGUAAGCUUUUUUGUAAUUUGAAUAAUUUUUUGUGUGCAGUUGGGUGAAAGUAAGUGAUAGUUAAAAUCACAUACAUGAAUUCUUAUCACAAUCUGUUGCAUGUAAACUUUCUAAAAUCAUGGUUAUAUGUAUGAGUUCAUCCAAAAUAAACGAUUCAGCUACUCUGGUGUC